UCUAAAUGACCUGGGCAGUGUUCUCGAAUCUCUGUCUGARUGAUAGUGAAAUCUAUUWAUCAUGGCACGACGAAUGAAAGACAAUAUGUUAAUGCAGAUGCUGUUCGCGUUCAUUAUCUUCUUGCGAUUAAGCAUAGUGGGUGGAUUAUCCAAUGCUUCCACAAAUUUUUCCCAGRUGACACCAGGACAGCAAUCAGCUCUCUGUGCCAAAAAAACACARAUAAUUGUGGUCGGAGGAGGACCUGUCGGCUUGUCAGCUGCCCUUCUGCUCGCCAACCAAGGGUACGAUGUUACUGUCCUCGAAGCCACCGAAACCACAAAAAUCAAGAYCUUCAACCCGGCGCUUGCCUACUUGUACAAUAUCAACGCGAGGGGGCAAAUCUUUACMAAAAAAAUCCCCAGCGCCCAUAAAAAGCUUGUCGAAAGGAGUGUAYCAUCCACCGAUACUGGGUUUCUCUUGGCGCCAGCUGAUUUGGAGAAAGAGAUUAAGUAUCCCUUAGUACCUUCGUUUGGAGACGWUUCGUAUUGGAUUCCAAGACAUGAAAUGGUUGUACUAUURUGGGAGGCUGUCGAUGAACACAAUAAAGAGUAUGCGUCAGGAAAUAAUCACAAUCGUGUUGGAAAAAUAAGUUACGAGCACGGAGUGCAAUGUCUUAAUGUCCAUCCAUGUGCUGAACACGAGAACAGCGUGUCUGUUGUUACGAAAAAUAAGGGUGACGGGAAAGAAAAAACUCUUAGGGCAGAACUAGUUAUCGGAGCGGAUGGUAUCGACUCGAAAGUCAGGGAAUGUCUCAAACAACGAUCGGGUCUCUUUCAGUCAUGGAAUUAUAACAAGAACAAGUUCAAGAUGAGAAAAUGGAUCUCUCCUGCAACAGGCUUGAAGUUAAAGGUUGGUUUAUUUCAUUGAUCUCGCGGCACCGUUUGUCAAACUUGAUACUCUUUUCCUUAAACGGUUGAUCGUACUUGUGUUGUUGAUUCAUUUUAAGGCACUUCAACUUCCAGCAGACAGGUAUUUGGUGAAAGAUGCCAGCGGAAAUAAAGUUGCUACGAAAAAGAACGACUUUGUUUCAGUGAGGGGCAAAAGAGUCGGACCACUAGACACUUUAUCUCUGUCGUGUCUACCUGUGAGUGAAUCCACCAAGAUUCGUCCAGGAAACUGYAUAACUAGACCCAACCACGUAUUAUGGACAAUGAAGAAUGGGAAAGAGGUGAAGGCCUGGUUYAAAGAUAAUUAUCCUAGAUUAGAUCUAGAUGAUAUAAUUUCAGAUGAUGAGUGGCAACGUUUUGCAGAAGCCGAUGGGUUGACUUUUCCACCAUGUCAAUAUAGUCCAGGUCUAAUGGCAUCGUCUCGCGAUAAUAGGUGCGGGAUUGUUUUGCUGGGGGAUGCAGCCCAUUCGUUCAGUCCCGACAUUGGACAAGGAAUCAAUGCUGGUCUCAUGGAUGCAGUAAAACUCAGUGAGUGUCUCGCAAACACCUCCCCCGACAAAAAGUCUGCAACUUUAGCCGAAAACAAUCUGGGCGCCGCCCUCAAACAAUAUGAACGCAUCCAGGCUCCAGAGGUAAGUGGCCCUACCCGGUUUUCCGACUUCAAACAAUUCAAUUGGAUUUUGAAUUCUAACCUACGGUCUAUUUUCAAAUCUUUUAGACGCGGGCACUGGUUCGCCUUGCCAGGUUUGGUAGCCCCUAUCAAUACAAUCAGCCUCUUUUAAAGGAUCGAAUAGGGAAGAAACUUUGGACAGCAAAUGUACUAAUGCGUGUUCUUUUUAACAAGCUCACGUUCGGAAUCUUUCCAAAACCUGUGGUGAUGAAUGUUAGCUCAAAAGACUUGACUUACAGACAGAUUGCUCGCCAAGCUGAUUUUGCUACAUUUGGACUGGUGUUUGCCUUGAUGUUUUCUGUGCUGAAGUUUGUGAUGCGACUUCCAUUCAUUAGAGUACAGUUAGUUCCACAAGUUCUGACAUUCAUGCCAUGAAACCUGGUUUAAUGAAUUCACCGAAGGAUCACCAUUUCCUGCCAAAAACAAAAUAAAACACGUUACUAUUAUCAAAGUGACUGAAAUAUGAUGUUCAACUGCUUUGCUCUGGUAGCUCAUUAGAACCAAAAGUCAUUAUCGUCUUUGUCUCUGGCUUUUCUGUCUUGUUGUUGAUUCCAACCUUUCUUCAGAGCUUCAUGUGAAACUCAAAUCUCAAUACCAAAACCAAAUCCUAUAGGGCMACUUAUCCAAGUACAAACACCCUGCUGUUGUGUCAUAUGUGCGACAAUAGUUUGUUGUUCAAAGGCUCGUGGGUGAUUGCAUGUGGUAUAGUCAAGUGAGGGGAGAGCACACCUAAAAAAUCACCAURGUGAUGGUAAUUUUUAUUGGAAUUGCGUCAUAACCUGUGGGAGUGACUAUCCAAUAGUGAUGUAAAUYGAGUGCUAGAAGAAAAGUGAGUUGAUGCUCUUAUUGAGAAUCAAGGAACUAUGAAAUCUAAGGUUGAUCAGAAUGAAGAUCGAGUGAUGUGUGUGAAUCAAAUGAGUCAAGUCAAUUGUGUGGAUCCAUAGGAUCAAAUGAGGAAUCAUGAAUGUAGAGUGUGUAUGGAUCAUAGRUAUUGGCCAUAUGUACGUAUCAUAGAUAUGGAUCAUACGCACAACAUGAUAUCCUCUGGAUAGGACCCUCCUCCCCUGAUCUGUGAUGUGUGAAACAAGUAGAUCAUAGAAGAAAAGAUGAGGAAGGAGGAUAUCAUUUGGGUGGAGCAGGAGCAAACAAGUGCCCAAAGAGUCAGCGUACGUGGUGAUUGUGAAGGACCCAGCCAAGAGGUUUUGUCCGUGCAUCUGCAGGAUUUAUCACGCCAUUGAUGAACUGCAUCUUGAUGUAUAGAUCUCCUUUCCAAUCUUGUAUUACAAAAGUAUGGUAUGUCAAAGUGUCGUGCUGAUUGUUCCAUAGGAACUCCUGAGUUUAAAAUUGUUGUUUUCAUACAACAUUGUUGGUUGUUGUUGAGGAAAUCUGAGGUCAGCAAGAAUACCUGAGGUAUAAAAUAAUAUUUGCAGCAGAAACAGCAGCAUAGAAUUCUGCUUUGGUUGAGCUUUGUGCAGUUUGGGUUUGSGUUUUCRAUUUGUAUACAAUGAUAGCGUUUGUUAACAUAAUUUUUUGUUUUGGUUUUAUAUUUGCGUAUGCAACAUCAACUACACAGGUGAUGUUGGUGUGUGUAGGUAAAGAUGGAAAUGGUGGAAGAUUAUCUGGUAGUGGUAUGGGUAAAUCUUUGAAGUUACCAUCUGGUAGUUCAUUGUCUUGUAGGAUUGUAGUUUUGUGGUAUUGUAGACCCCACACUUUUGUGC